GGCGGCGGCAUGGCAGAGCCAAGGAGGGCCGAGACGAGGCCCCCAGUUUGGGUCACUGUGAAGACCCCCAAGGGCAAGGAGGAAAUUGUGAUCUGCAAUCAAGCCUCGGUCAAGGAGUUCAAAGAGGAAAUCUCCCGGAGGUUUAAGGUCCAGUGGGACCAGCUCGUCUUGAUCUUUGCUGGCAGGAUCCUUAAGGAUGGGGACACACUGAAGGAGCAUGGGAUCAAGGAUGGACUCACUGUCCACCUGGUCAUCAGGACCCCUCAGAAGGCUCAAGAUCCGGCUGCUGCCACUGCUUCCUCCCCCUCCACUAUAGACCCUGCCUCUGCACCCUCCACCAUGCCUGCUUCACCUGCCAACCCUGCCCAGCCCUCCACCUCUGGCAGCGCCACUUCAGAUGCUGGCAGUGGAAGCCAGAGGAGCAGUGCUGGCUUUGGGGGCAUCCUGGGGCUGGGCAGCCUAGGCCUGGGCUCCGCCAACUUCAUGGAGCUGCAGCAGAAGAUGCAGAGGCAGCUGAUGUCCAACCCUGAGAUUCUGUCGCAGCUCAUGGAGAACCCCCUGGUCCAGGACAUGAUGUCUAACCCCGACCUGAUGCACCACAUGAUCAUGGCCAACCCCCAGAUGCAGCAGCUGAUGGAGCGGAACCCCGAGAUCAGCCACAUGCUCAACAACCCUGAGCUCACGAGGCAGACCAAGGAGCUUGCUCGGAAUCCAGCCAUGAUGCAGAAGAUGAUACAGAACCAGGACCAGGCCCUGAGCAACCUUGAGAGCAUCCCUGGAGGGUAUAAUGCCCUCCUCCGCAGGUACACAGACAUCCAGGAGCCCAUGUUCAGUGCUGCCCGAGAGCAGUGUGGCAACAACCCCUUCUCUUCCUUGGCUGGGAACUCCGACAGCUCAUCCUCGUAGCCUCUGUGGACUGAGAACUGAGAGCCCCUCCCUAACCCCUGGAGGCCCUUGUCCCCCACCUCCCAGGCCUCCGGGUCUGGUGGGGAGGGCACUGGAGGAUUGGGGACCAGCCAGGUGUACCUGACAGUCUCGAACCCCUUUGGGAUCAGUGCAGCUAGCCUGGGGUCAGGGGAGUUCAACAGCCCAAAAAUGCAGGCCCUUCUGCAGCAGAUCUCCGAGAACCCCCAGGUGAUGCAGAACAUGCUCUCAGCCCCCUGCAUGUGCAGCAUGAUGCAGACACUUGCCCAGAACCCUGACUUCACUGUUCAGAUGAUGGCAAACAUGCCGCUCUUUGCGGGGAACCCCCAGCUGCAGGAGCAGCUCCGCCUGCAGCUCCCAGUCUUCCUGCAGCACGUGUAGAACCCGGAGUCAUUCUCCAUCCUGACCAACCCCCGCGCCAUGCAGGCCCUGCUGCAGAUCCAGCAGGGGCUGCAGACCUUGCAGACCAAGGCCCCCGGGCUGGUACCCAGCCUUGGCUCCUUUGGGAUGGCCCAGACCCCAGCACCACCGGCAGGCAGCAGUGACGACUCUGUGCCCGAGGCCCCCAACUCCUCGCCGGCCACGCCAGCCACGUCUUCUCUAGCAGGGGCUUCCAGUGCCCAGCAGCAGCUCAUGCAGCAGAUGAUCCAGCUUUUGGCGGGAAGUGGAAACUCACAGGUGCAGACACUGGAAGUGAGACUUCAGGAGCAGCUCAACAACAUGGGCUUCAUCAAUCGCGAGGCCAACCUGCAGGCCCUGAUUGCCACCAGAGGGGACAUCAACGCAGCCAUCGAGAGACUCCUGGGCUCUCAGCUCUCCUAA